AUGGACCAACAGACAGAUUACAUAGAAGAAGGUGCUGUCAAAGUGUACAAGUCGGUAAAUGGCCAAGCAAUCUUCUACAAUAAUGCCCAGGUAUUUAACCGAGACAUAUCCACUCUAUCCAUUGCCGCCUUUUCAAAAUUUGUCAACCUACCAAACUCUACUGGGUUCAAAGUCCUAGAACUAUUUGGUGCCACGGGUAUAAGGGGCAUAAGAUAUGCAAAGGAACUUGGUACAAUCGUAGAAAAGGUUCUAAUAAACGACUUGGAUGAGAACUCAGCCAAUGCAGCGCUUAACAACAUCUCAUUAAAUGGAGUAGAUUCCAAGUGCUGUGUUACUUGCAUGGACGCAAAUCUGCUAUCUCAUUUACUAUCACCACCUCCGCAAAUAGACAAAAUACUAACGACAAAUCCAUACCGUUCCUGUACCGGCUAUGAAUACAAGGCGGCAGAUGGCGUCCUUGAUAAACUUGUAAGCGAGUGGUCCAACAAUACAUCGGCCUUUCUUAACAACUUCUCCCCUACACCAAAUACAAUUGUUAAAUAUCCUAUUUUGUGCGAUAUUAUCGACCUAGACCCAUACUCCACCGCAUCGCCCUAUCUAGAUGGCGCCCUUAAAUGUGUUAGACAUGGCGGGCUACUAUGCAUAACAUCAACAGACAUGCCGACGCUCUGUGGCAACAACCCCUGCGUUUCCUUUUACAAAUACGGCGGAAUUGCUCCAAAAGUCCCUUACUUCCAUGAACUAGCCCUCAGAAUCUUACUACACGCGGUGUCCACUACGGCCAGUAAGUAUAAACGAGUUGUUAUACCUCUAAUGAGCUUAAGUGUCGACUUUUACGUGCGUGUUUUUGUACAAGUUGUUGCAAUUCCGGAGCAGUGCAAAGAGUUGGCCAAUAAGACGGGUUUAUGCUUCCACUGUGGCCAAUGCGAUUCAUUUACUUGUAUACCUAUAGGAAAUUAUAUUAAUGGCAAGCAAAAGCCCUCUGUUUUACCGUCAGACUUUUCCGGCACCUGCAGCGAAUGUGGAGGACACAUUAAGAUCCUGGGACCCAUUUACAUAGGGGAAUUACACAAUAAAGCCUUUGUAAAUUUAUGCCUAGAAGAGUGUUAUGCCUUUGAUAAACUUGAUAAAUCACUCAAAGUUUACCCGCACACUGUUACUAUGGGUCCUAGGAUAAGAGGCAUACUCACGGCAAUCAUGGAAGAGCUUGUUGCCUCACAAUCAAUCUUCUACUAUCACUUGCCCAUGUUGUGCCAGAAGCACAAACUUUCAACUUUGACGCCUGUUAAAGUCAAACGCUGCUUACGCCACUUGGGCUACACGGCUAGCCACUUCCAUAGGGAACCACAAUCUAUUAAAACAAAUGCUCCAUCGCACGUUUUGAUGGAUAUCCUUAGGCACCACGCAAGAACAACACCUCCCAAAAUAUUGGAUUCUUUUAUCUCCAAGGAUAUUACGACCCAGGGAAUAAACUUAAACUUACCUAUAAACCCAUCGAAUGAUUUACGUAAGGUACUAAAGGUACCCCGGUGGCUUCCUAACCCUGAACCGAAUUGGGGACCUAAAAAGGCGCAUCGCAUGAAGAAACACGUAGCGGCUAGUUGA